UAUCGUUUAAGGUGUACCAAAAAAAUACUAUUGGGUAAAUAAAAAUGAAAUCAUUGAACCUUGUUCUGUUGUUUAUUGGAGUUACCUUAUUAAGCGGAAGCAGUAUGCCGACAAACGCUACUAAUUCAAAAUUCCCAACACACAAGAAUAACAGUGAUUUGGCAAAUGGAACAAACACAUCAACGACAUCAAAGGGCGGUUUUCUUCUAUCAAGACAACAACGAAAGAAUCUGGUCAUCAUUAUUAUCUCGGUUGCCGUGAUCGGAGCUCUCCUUAACUUAGCGGUUACUCUUGCUAUAGUAUUUGACCCAUUAAGGAUCUUGCGCAAAGGACCGUGGAUAACAAUCUUAAACCUGGCUAUCGCUGAUUUUCUUUCGUGCGUUACUUGUUUUUUCCAAUGGCUGGAUUACUACGAGUUCAACAUCAUCAAUUUUACAUGCAGCGAGAGAAUACUUUACGAGAACAUUGUUCAAUUUGGUUGUUCAUUCAGUAUUGGUGCAUCUUUCUUAUUCCUGACUUUCUUUUCUAUGCAGAUCUUUGUGCUUACAAAACACCCACUAAAAAGUCGUUUUAUGUUUACAACACCCAACGUUCUGUCAUCCUGUAUCGGGGUAUGGUUGCUCUCGAUCCCUGUUGGUUUUUGUUAUAUAAUACACAGAUUUCCGCCCUUCGAUAAACACUUCAGAAAGUUUUGGGUGGCGCGCAUUGCUUUUCUGCAUUUCCUCACACUCGUUCAGCUUAUCUUGAACAUCAAGUUACCACUCAGAUUAUUCGCAGCGGCCGAAACACAAAAGAUGAUUGCAGACACAAUAACAAACACAGAAAUAUGGCGAAAACUGUGGUCCUUCUAA